AAAUAAAUAAAGAGACGACAUUCAAACCCCCCAAAUCCCAAUACACACACACCUCUUUCAUGGCGUCUCUGCUCUUGCCACCCCCAACCUCUUCUUCCGCUGUUUCUUCUCUUUUCUCGCGCUCCUCCUUCCCUACUCCCACCGCACGCUUCACUCCCGCCAGAUGUGAGUUGACAGGGCCGGUGAACGGUAAGCCUUAUGUUCCUGUUCUCAACGAUCAGAUAUUGCCCAAGUACCUGCAAUCGAGACGAUUGGAGACUGCGUUGAACACAAAUACUACUAAUAACAGGAUCAAGAUAUUCUCCGGUACUGGCAAUUUCGCCCUAUCUCAGGAAAUUGCUAGCUAUAUGGGCCUCAACCUUGGAAAUAUCCACAUUAAGCGAUUUGCAGAUGGAGAGAUUUAUGUUCAGUUGCAAGAGAGUGUCCGUGGCUGUGAUGUGUACCUGGUCCAGCCAACCUGUCCUCCAGCUAAUGAAAAUCUUAUGGAGCUUCUGAUAAUGAUAGAUGCUUGCCGAAGAGCUUCAGCCAAAAAUAUCACUGCAGUCAUCCCAUACUUUGGAUAUGCUCGAGCGGAUAGAAAGACCCAAGGACGUGAAUCUAUUGCUGCCAAAUUAGUAGCCAAUCUUAUCACAGAAGCGGGUGCAGAUCGUGUUCUUGCCUGUGAUAUCCACUCUGGGCAGUCCAUGGGUUACUUUGAUAUUCCUGUGGACCACGUAUACUGCCAGCCUGUCAUCCUUGAUUAUCUUGCCAGCAAGAAGAUAUCCUCUGGUGACUUGGUAGUAGUCUCACCUGAUGUUGGAGGAGUUGCACGAGCAAGAGCUUUUGCCAAGAAAUUAUCUGAUGCACCUUUGGCCAUUGUGGACAAAAGGCGUCAGGGGCAUAAUGUUGCUGAGGUAAUGAAUCUGAUAGGUGAUGUUAAAGGAAAAGUUGCAGUGAUGGUAGAUGACAUGAUAGAUACAGCAGGAACUAUUGCCAAAGGUGCAGAGUUGCUGCAUGAGGUAGGUGCUCGGGAAGUCUAUGCAUGCAGCACUCAUGCUGUUUUCAGCGCCCCUGCAAUCGAGAGGUUGUCGAGUGGUCUGUUCCAAGAGGUUAUUAUCACAAAUACCCUUCCAGUGUCGGAGAAAAACUAUUUCCCUCAGUUGACAGUUCUUUCAGUUGCUAACCUCUUGGGUGAAACAAUAUGGCGAGUUCAUGACGAUUGUUCCGUGAGUAGCAUUUUCCAGUGAUAAAACAUCUGGUUUACUUGCUGAUUGAUGGUGACGAAACCUUUCCGUUGAAGAAAGAUAUUAUACCAGUUCACCUCCCGCUACUUGUGCCUGCAAUGCCAUCUUCUGCGUCACCUAACCCCCGCAAGACAUUUGUAGAAGUUGAAGCAAUAAUGCCAGUCUUUGAAAUGAUCUUUUCGCGAAUCUCAGGUCUUUGCAUUUCUUUAUUUAAUUUUCUGGUCCAAAAUCAGCAAGGAGUUGUUAGUAUAGUAGCAGGCAGGUUAAUUUCUUUUCCUAUUUUGAGCUGUGUACAGGUUUAGGAACAUCAUUAUUUGAUUCUCAUCUAAUCAUUGAUGAUUCUGUAAUUAUGAAUAAUUUAUUUCUCAUGAAGUUGCUCUUUCAAUGUAAA